AUGGGCACCAUCACCGCGGUGACCAUCUUCAUGCACGAGAUUCCCCACGAGAUCGGCGACUAUGCGAUACUGAUUCAGGCGGGCUACAAGCGCAGCAGCGCCAUUGGCCUGCAGCUGGUGACGGCCAUUGGGGCGCUGAUCGGCACCGCCGUCGGCCUCUACUACGGCGAGCUGGAGCACGCCACGCAGCUGAUUCUGCCGGUGACGGCGGGCGGCUUCAUCUACAUCGCCACCGUGUCGAUGAUUCCCGAGCUGCUGGAGAAGACGAGCAGCACCGUGCAGACGCUGCUGGAGAUUGUCGCCAUGAUGGCCGGCCUGGGCAUGAUGUACUGGAUCGCACUCAACGAGUGA